GUUUGGCGCCAUUCUGUGUUGUUGGUUCCGGGACUCGGAGAAAUGGUUGGCAGCGGCGAUGCGGCAGCAGAAAUUGAGAAGCUCUAUGCAGCUGUUCCCCAGAUUCGCAAUGUCUUCUAUGUAAUGGGAAAAAUCGGAGAGGGUACAUUUAGUUCUGUUUAUUUGGCUAUUGCAAGACUUAAGUCAGGGGAGGAUAUGAAAUUUGCUUUGAAACAUCUAAUCCCUACAAGUCAUCCCACACGAAUAGCAGCGGAACUGCAAUGCCUUACAGUAGCUGGCGGAGAUGACAACGUUAUGGGCGUUAAAUACUGUUUUAGAAAAAAUGAUCACGUGGUUAUAGUUAUGCCUUAUUUGGAGCAUGAAUGUUUUGUGGAUAUAUUACAUUCUCUUAGCUUUCAAGAAGCAAAGGAGUACAUAUUUAACCUCUUUAAAGCACUUAAACGUAUCCACUACUAUGGGAUCCUUCACCGGGACGUUAAACCGAGCAACUUCUUGUACAACAGAAAACUGAAGCAGUAUGCCCUGGUAGAUUUUGGAUUGGCCCAAGGAACACCAGACACAAAGAUAGAACUUCUGAAAGUCCUUCACUCUAAAAAACAGGGGAGUUGCGUACAAAGUAAACUUCACACAAUUUCAGGAACUAUACCAGUACCUAGAGAAGUAGUUCUACCAACCUCAACAAAACAGUCUGUUAAAAGACAUUGGUCACUUUCCCAGAUAAAUCCUGGAAACAGUGCAAAGGAAGGAUUACUUGGUGGAUCUACACAGAGGUCUGUGUUUGGAGAGAAGAAUUUUAAUGUCCACAGUACUGCCUCCCUUGAAGUCACAAAUGCAAAAAGCACAAAGCAGCCCAAGACAUCAGAUGUUGCAUCCAGAAAACUGGCAGCUCGAAAAACUGUUCUUGCAAAAAACACAAGUACUGGGGUGGUCAGGAAAACUGCCAGCACUUGCCCAGCAAGCCUGACCUGUGACUGUUAUGCAAGAGAUCAAGUUUGCAGUAUUUGCCUUGCAAGAACCAGACAAGUUGCUCCAAGAGCUGGUACUCCUGGGUUUCGUGCUCCAGAGGUGCUAACUAAGUGUCCUAAUCAGACUACUUCUAUUGACAUGUGGUCUGCAGGCAUCAUAUUUCUCUCCCUUCUCAGUGGAAGAUAUCAUUUCUUCAAUGCUGGCGAUGAUAUGAAUGCUUUGGCACAAAUCAUGACGAUCCGUGGUUCACAAGAGACCAUUAAAGCUGCUAAGCAGUUUGAUAAGACCGUGCUUUGUAGCAAAGAACUUCCUGCAAAAGAUUUAAGAACAUUAUGUGAAGGACUAAGAAGAGUGUGCAUGGUGCCUGCAUUAGGUAGUGAAGCAGAACUUCAAAAGCAGCGGACUUCACUGCAGCUAAAAAUGAUAGAAAAUCAAGAUGGCUGGUUUGUUGAGCAGACUAUCAGUCCUGCUGAGGAUAUCGAUAAAAGUUUAAACUGUGCACCCAUGACUGAGGGCACAGUAUUUAAACAAUAUAACAUGAAUGGCUGGGACAGCGUACCAGAUGAGGCAUACCAUCUAUUAGACCGAUUGCUGGAUAUGAAUCCAGCUACGCGGAUCACAGCCGAGGAAGCAUUGUUACAUCCACUCUUUAGCGAUCUCAUAUGA